AUGGCGGAAAAGGAUCUCGAGAACGGCGACCCAAAGCGCGAAAGGAUCUCUUUCGCCGACGGCUGGGAUCCCGAUAAAGAUGAGGGCGAAUAUGCCAACCUCAUUCGAUACAUCUCCACCUACCGCGACCGUCGAUUCUCUAAAGCUCCUUCUCAAGUCUCUGGUGAAGAUGUUGCCGAUGCCACAGCGAAGAAAAAGGCGCCCUGGUACAAGAAAAUAUUUGGCGUCGGCGCCGGAAUUGGCGAUCUGUAUGAGGUUCCAGAAGAAUGGCUCAACACCGACAUCAAGGCAGGUUUGACCUCUCCUGAGGUCGAGGCCAGAAGAAAGAAGUGCGGAUACAACGAACUCGUCACCGAGAAGGAGAACAUGUUCCUGAAGUUUAUAGGCUACUUUCGAGGCCCCAUUCUCUACGUCAUGGAACUUGCUGUCGUCCUCGCUGCUGGUCUGCGUGACUGGAUCGACUUUGGUGUCAUCAUUGGUAUUUUGAUGCUGAACGCUAUUGUCGGUUGGUACCAAGAAAAGCAAGCUGCCGAUGUCGUCGCCAGUUUGAAGGGUGACAUUGCCAUGAAGGCGGAGGUUAUUCGUGACGGAACCGCUCAAGAGAUCAAAGCUCGUGAGAUUGUUCCUGGUGACAUUCUCAUCCUCGAAGAAGGCUCCGUCGUUGCCGGUGAAUGCCGCUUGAUCUGCGCCUUCGACAACCCGGCCGGUUUCGAGGAGUACAAGGAGAUGGUCAAUGAUCCCGAGGGCUACCAUUCGAAGAACCACACCGACUCGGACGACGAUGAAGAGCACCACGUCGGCACCUCUAUUGUCGCCACCGAUCAGUCCGCCAUCACUGGAGAAUCUUUGGCCGUCGACAAAUAUAUGGGUGAUAUUUGCUACUACACCACGGGUUGUAAGCGAGGCAAAGCCUACGCUGUCGUCACGGAAUCCGCGCGUGGCUCUUUCGUCGGCAAGACUGCGUCUCUCGUCCAAGGCGCUGCCGACUCUGGUCAUUUCAAGGCCAUCAUGGACUCCAUUGGUACUUCUUUGCUCGUCUUGGUCGUCUUCUUCAUCCUUGCUGCCUGGAUCGGUGGUUUCUUCCACAAUAUCCCCAUUGCCACUCCUAAGGAGAGUUCUAUCAACUUGCUCCAUUAUGCACUCAUUCUCCUGAUCAUUGGCGUCCCAGUCGGUCUGCCUGUUGUCACCACCACCACUUUGGCCGUUGGUGCCGCCUAUCUCGCCAAACAGAAGGCUAUCGUCCAAAAAUUGACUGCCAUUGAGUCUUUGGCCGGUGUCGACGUUCUCUGCUCUGACAAGACUGGUACUUUGACUGCCAACCAGUUGACCAUCCGUGAGCCUUAUGUCGCCGAGGGUGAAGAUGUCAAUUGGAUGAUGGCUUGCGCAGCACUCGCCUCGUCUCACAACUUGAAGGCUCUUGACCCCAUCGACAAGAUCACCAUUUUGACCCUCAAGAGGUAUCCCAAGGCGCGUGAGAUCCUGCAACAAGGCUGGAAGACUGAGAAAUUCACUCCGUUCGACCCGGUCUCUAAGCGUAUCACCACUGUCUGCACGCUCAAGGGCGAGAAAUGGUCUUUCUGCAAGGGUGCACCCAAGGCUGUCCUUGCCAUCGCGGAGUGCGAUGAAGCGACCGCCAAACACUACCGUGACACCGCUGCCGACUUUGCCCGCCGUGGUUUCCGAUCUCUCGGUGUGGCGUCCAAGCGUGGUGAUGAGCCGUGGAAGGUCAUUGGCAUGUUGCCCAUGUUUGACCCUCCCCGUGAGGAUACCGCUCACACCAUCUUGGAAGCGCAAAACCUUGGUCUUAGCGUCAAGAUGUUGACUGGUGAUGCCAUUGCCAUUGCCAAGGAAACCUGCAAACUGCUUGCCCUGGGUACCAAGGUCUACAACUCCCAACGUCUCAUUGCUGGUGGUGUGGCAGGUGCUACUCAGUACGAUCUCGUUGAGAAGGCCGAUGGUUUCGCUGAAGUCUUCCCCGAGCACAAGUAUCAGGUCGUCGAGAUGCUGCAACAACGUGGUCACUUGACUGCGAUGACUGGUGACGGUGUCAACGAUGCUCCAUCUUUGAAGAAAUCCGACUGUGGUAUCGCCGUCGAGGGCGCUACUGAAGCUGCUCAAGCCGCCGCCGACAUUGUCUUCUUGGCUCCCGGUCUCAGCACCAUCGUCGAUGCUAUCAAGGUUGCUCGUCAGAUUUUCCAACGUAUGAAGGCAUACGUGCAAUACCGGAUUGCUCUUUGUUUGCACUUGGAAGUCUACCUGACCACCUCCAUGAUCAUCAUCAACGAGACCAUCCGCACCGAUUUGAUCGUCUUCUUGGCCUUAUUCGCCGAUCUUGCCACCAUUGCAGUCGCCUACGACAACGCUCACUACGAACAACGACCCGUCGAAUGGCAAUUGCCCAAGAUUUGGGUCAUCUCAGUCUUCCUUGGUUUCCUCCUGGCCAUUUCCACCUGGAUCAUGCGUGGCUCUUUCUACCUGCCAUCUGGUGGUUUGGUUCAAAACUUCGGUAACGUCCAACUCAUGCUUUUCCUGCAGGUCUCACUGGUGGAGAACUGGCUUAUCUUUGUCACUCGUGGUGGACAGACUUGGCCGUCCUGGAAACUGGUUGGUGCCAUCUUCCUUGUCGAUGUCAUCUCCACACUUUUCUGUGUCUUCGGUUGGCUUUCUGGCUCCCCAGACCAAUUCUUCACCACACCUCAGGAUGCCUUCUCCCGAGACCACUACAGCGUCGAGACAUCAGUCGUCACUGUCGUUGUUAUCUGGGGCUACUCCAUCGGUGUUACAAUCGUUGUCGCCAUUGUUUACUUCGUCCUUACUAGCAUGUCCUGGAUUGACAACCUUGGCCGUGCUACUCGCAGCCGCGCCGACACCAACAUGGAGAACAUUCUUGGACAUCUCAGCCGCGUUGCUCUUGAGCACGAGACUGACGUCCACGGCAAGUCCAAAUGGGUCCUUGGCAGCAAGGCCACUGGAGAGGAGGAAGAAGAGUAA